GCAGUGGUCACGUGCCGGGGGCGGGGGCGGGGGUGGUGGCGAGUUCUCCCGGGUUGGGAGGGACCCAGUAAGCCAGGCCUAGAGAGGGGAGGGGGCUCGGCCUAGGGCGGCGGAGUGACAUGUCUCUCGAAGACCCGUUUUUUGUAGUCCGAGGAGAGGUGCAGAAGGCUGUGAACACUGCCCGCGGGCUGUACCAGAGGUGGUGCGAGCUCUUGCAGGAGGGCACCGCAGUCGGACGCGAGGAGCUGGACUGGACCACCAAUGAGCUGCGGAAUGGCCUGCGCAGCAUCGAGUGGGACCUGGAGGAUCUGGAGGAGACCAUCGGCAUCGUGGAAGCCAACCCAGGCAAGUUCAAGCUCCCAGCCGGAGACCUGCAGGAGAGGAAGGUCUUCGUGGAUCGGAUGCGGGAGGCAGUCCAGGAAAUGAGAGACCAUAUGGUCAGCCCAGCAGCCAUAGCCUUCAUGGAGAGGAAUAAUAGAGAGAUGUUGACGGGCAGGCCAGCCUCCCAGAAGUCAUCUAGCGACUUGCUGGAUGCCAGUGUGGUGUCAGCUACCUCUCGCUACAUUGAAGAGCAGCAGGCCACGCAGCAGUUGAUCAUGGGCCAACAGGAUCAACAGCUGGAAAUGGUGUCUGGGAGCAUCCGGGUUCUGAAACACAUGUCCGGCCGGGUCGGAGAAGAGCUGGAUGAGCAGGGCAUCAUGCUGGAUGCCUUUGUUCAUGAGGUGGACCACACCCAGUCCCGGAUGGAUGGGGUCCUCAGGAAGAUGGCCAAAGUAUCCCACAUGACAAGUGACCGCCGACAGUGGUGUGCCAUUAUGGUGCUGCUGGGGGUGCUUCUCCUGGUUCUCAUCCUGCUCUUCUCUCUCUGACCCUGGCCCUCCCCAGGGGGCUGUCCCUCUAGCUGGGAGAGCUGGCAGGGCCCUGCCCCCUGGGACAAGAGGUUCCUGCCUGGGGAGCUGUCCCAAGGCACUCAUCCAGAGCUAGUGGGGCCUCAGGUUCCCUGUGCCACAGCGCCCACCACUGGUCCUGUCUCAAGUGCGCUUAGGGGGUGGUGGAGGUAAGGGGACCCCUCCCCAUUUCUACUCCAGUGCCCCAAAGCCAUUUACUUUGUGCCUUCUACGUGAGCCAACUUGAAAAUAAAACCCCAGCCUUUUUUAUAUGUA